AUGGAUUCGGCGGAGGUUGCUGACCCCGAGAGCGCUGAUUGGCCAGGCCGCCCGCGUCCGCCUCCGGUUUGGGUUUGGCUGCGUUCACACGUAUCCGCGGGGCGCCAUGAAAGCGAGGGAGCGCGAGCUUCCCGGAUCCUGGGUGCCGGAGCGCUCAGUAUGGCUGAAUACUGGAAUGCCGAUGCCCCUUUUGGGGUUGGGCACCUUCCGUUUGCAGGCGAGGAGACGGUGCGCCUCAGCUUGGACGCUGCCCUGGAGAAUGGCUACCGCUUGGUGGAUACGGCUGCCGUCUAUGGCAACGAGGCCACCCUCGGCCGUGCCCUCAGGGCGUUGCUGCCCCGUCACGGCCUCACCCGCGAGGACAUCUUCCUGACCAGCAAGCUGAGCCCGAAAGACCACGGAGAAGGCCCGGCUGAAUUGGCGUGCCUCAAAAGUUUGAAGCAACUGGACUGCGACUACUUAGAUCUGUAUCUCAUUCACUGGCCGGGCACGCAAGGCCGGCCUCGGGAAGAUGCCGGGAACCGAGAACGGCGCCGACACAGCUGGCGGGCGCUGGAGAGGUUGCACGAAGCCGGGAAGCUCAAGGCCAUCGGGGUCUCAAAUUACACCAUCGCGCACCUCGAGGAACUGCUGGCAGACUGCCGAAUCCCUCCGGCUGUCCUCCAGAUCGAACUGCAUCCAGAGCUGGCCCAGUCGGCGCUUCUCGACUUCUGUGGCCAACGGGGCAUCCAUGUACAGGCGUAUUCGUCCCUGGGGACCGGCCAUCUCGUGGGGCGGCCGGAGGUGGCCGAGGUGGCCCGGCGCCGAGGCCGCACGCCCGCUCAGGUCCUGCUGCGCUGGGCGUUGCAGCGUGGGGUGAGUGUCAUCCCCAAGUCGGCCGACCCAAGCCGCGUUGCCGAAAAUGGCCAGCUCUGGAACUGGGAGCUGAGCCCCAUGGAUAUGGAAGAACUGAAUGGGCUAGAUGGUGGAAAACAUUACUGCUGGGAUCCUAGUGAUGUGGCUUAGGAGUCUUGGCAGGGUGGAGGAGAGAAGACAAGGGUGCAGGAUUCCUGUUUCCAACUGAAUAUCCAGAAAUUCAGUCAUCCCUCCCAAUUUGAGAUGUGCCUCGAUUUUAAUUGCCCCAAAGCAAAAAGCAGAUGAGAAAUGAA